AUGAUACGGCAGAGUCUGGAGGUGGUGCCCACUGUGCAGCCAAAGCACCGCCUCGAGGAGGAUGCCCGUCGAGCAGCAAGACGAGAACAACAACACGAUAAACCAAUUAGUGUAGAUCGAUACACCAUUGUAUCUAGUCCAGAGGCAGCCACCGGUGUGCGACUCUUCUCACUGCUCCCAUCACCAGAACUACAGUCACGGGUACCAAAAACACUACAUGUAUUGGAAACAUCUAAAAAGACGUGGAAGCGUGUGCGGCGAAUGGUUUACCGGGCCACUCUACGCAAUGUGAAUCCCGACGAGGAUACCGAAGAUGAUGAAGAUGAGGAUGAAGCCGACGGUAGUGGACCUCGUUUCAGUUCUUUGCCAUUGCCAGAGUAUGAAAAUAUGUCCUGUAUUUUUCUCACACUUCCCACAGAAGAGGAAACGAGUGAAACUGCAACUCGUGUGGUCUAUGCAAAACCACUUGAUGUGCCUUUACACGCCCUCCGCUAUGAACGCACGGAAGCGGCAAAACCCGGUCAAGGCAUUUCUACUUCUUGGUACUCUGGCGUUGAUGUUCGUAAUGUGGGAUUUAAGCGGAGUUACAUUGACGAUGAUGAGGAUGAUGAUGGUAACAUGCAUCGCGGUUAUUUCUCUGAUGAUGGGGCUACAGAAGGACGUCAGGGUGGUUCAAAACGUGAAGAUAAGACAGAUGGACGUACAGCUGCUGUUGCUGCUAGUAGAAAGAAGAAGAAACUGGAAGAAACCAACAAUAUACCACUAGAAACAGGAGAAGAAGGAACAGCAGCAGCAGCAGCAGUGGUGGUAGUAACUGAGAAUAAGUUAGAACCAAAUGGGGUUCUUAAACUUGCUAAUAAUGAUGCCCCUGUCUCUUCUACUGCAUCCAUAACUCCUCAAACAUCAGAGGAAGAAAAGAAGAAGAAAAAUCUCAUAUUACUUGAUGGUUCUUCAUCUGUUGAAGGAAAUGUCUUGGAAAGACUUACCGCCUCUCAGUUGCAGGAAUGGUCUGCUGAAGGAAAGGCAGCUAUGCCUUUUACGGAGUUAACAAAAAUUGUACUCAAGUCUCAUCCACAUUAUGCCGAGAUGAAGGCAAAACAUCAAUCACCUCAGGGCCGUCAGGAGGCUGUGAAAUGGUUUAGUGUUUCGCAGAUAGCUGUUCGGAAACAUGUUCUUCAUUUGGGGUAUACAAUAGAUAGUUCAAACAACGUUUAUCUUUCACAACAGAAAAAGGGCUAA